CCAGGAUGGAUGGGAUACGCAGGGCCUUCACAGUGACUAUUGGCAUUGCAAUAUGGAGCACAGCAUUAGCAGUGACGCCUCCUGUAGCUCAGUCCACUCCAAGCAAUAUAGUCAUCCUUCCUUUUUCUACUCAGAGCUCAGUGAAUUCUUCAGAGUCCAUUUCUCCAACAACAGCUAGUAUUUCCAAUGCGACCAUUGAGGAGACCGUUAACGAAGCGUGGGCCUGCCCUUACGUGAGCGAAGUCUCGGGGAUAUCCUGCACUUGCGACGUUCCCCACACUGUCCGAUGCCGAGGCCAAGCGAGCCGCCCCGAGGAUCUCUUGACGUUGACAAAGACUUUAAACUCUGAAGGUGUCGUUUCUCUUUUGGACUUGGCAGUUCAUGGCCUCGGUGAAAUUCCUGGGGGAGGUUUCGCAAACAUGGAACUCUUGGGUCUCGUUGUGACCACAGCAGACUUGAAAUCCAUCACCUCUGAAGCUUUCAAAGGAUUAGAGGAAAGCUUAGCAGCCCUAGGACUCCCCAACAACAAACUCAAUUAUGUUCCAGUCGAUGCUCUCAAGAGAUUAAAACAGCUACAGCGCCUGGACUUGAGUGACAAUCUCAUAGAGGAACUAAAGUCCAGGGCAUUUCCAACUCUCUUACAGCUUCAAAACCUAAAUCUUGCCGGUAAUGGCCUUCAACUCCUCCAUCCCGAGGCUUUCGUCCGCCUUCCGCGCUUGCAGUCUCUCAAUUUAGCCAGAAAUAAGUUGGAUGCAGCUCAGCUUAACGAGAAAACACUGCGGGGUCUACACAUGCUUGAACGUCUUUCACUACAGUCCAAUUUACUGAAAGGUGCAAUUACUCCAACCUUGAUUACAGGUGCAAGAGGCCUGAAAUCAUUAGACUUAUCAGACAAUGCCCUGACGCGAGUGACUCGCUCUUCACUCUCGGCUUGCCCAGACCUUCGAGACUUGGAUCUUUCUCACAACAGGAUAGACGUCAUUGAAGACCACGCAUUCUCUAAUCUGAAACAGCUGCAGAGGCUGAAGCUGUCGCACAAUCGAGUCGUCGCCGUGUCCGGCUGGUCUCUGGCGCACAUGCCCAAGCUGGUUCAUCUUGGUCUUGCUGACAAUGCAUUGCGGGCUGUAACGGGCGACCUGUUGCAUCAGUUGUCGAACUUGAACACUCUUGAUCUGGCUGCCAAUGAUAUCUCUCUACUGCAACCCCAUGUUUUCAACUCGACUCCCGCACUUCAGCACUUAACGUUCACAGACAAUCCUCUGCACUGUGACUGCUCUCUCAGAUGGUUUGUCCACUGGCUUAAUCAGCAUCCUUCACUGACUCCCGAAGAAAGGAACAGCGCUGUUUGUGCUACACCACCUGCCUUGGAAAAUGCUCCUCUUGUUGAGCUUAAAGACACCCAGCUGGUAUGCUCUGAGGAAACCUCUCCUUAUCACGACUACCACGAUUAUUAUCAUGACUAUUACCAUGAUGAUGCUAUUGCCGAAGACAUGUCUUCUGUAAGGGUCUCCGAUGCAGAGAUCAGUUUACAGGUGGCACACUGGGUUUACAAGAAGAAUGCUCAGAAUGUCAUGGAAGACAAAUCUGAAAAGGACCCCUUCUUCGGUGUAGAACUGGUAUGGAGAGUUGAUGAUCGUGCUAUACCUUACACGUGCGAGGGAGUGUUUGUAUACGAAGUUUUACAGGGAAGACCUGAAUCUCAUCAGGUUUUGAUGGAGAAAGUUGAGGCUAAUUGCACAUCCGAUGGCAACCACGAUCCUAAUCAUGUCUCUGUGGUUGUUCCUGGAGAUGCGUUGGUACCCGGAGCUACUUAUCGCUACUGCCUGAUUCUGCUGGAGCGAGGAACGGGUGAUCAAGAGGCAUUUUUACCUGGGUGUUCUGAACCCCUGGUAUUAGCAGAGGCACCUUUUACCAUGAUGAAGCACAAAAUAGUCACCUCACAUCCUCCAGAAGUGUUGAGCCUUACUGCCGGUGAAGUAGGCGGAGCUCUGGUAGUGCACACACGUGUUAAUGGAGAUGACCCUUGCACUUACACGUUGGCUAUUGUCUCCGAACAGACAGUGGUAGCAACAAGACAGUUAAACUGCUCCGAAGCAAGACACGAGUUUACUUCUUUGGCAACAGGUGACUACAUUAUCUGCGCAGAUCCCGACGUCCCUGGCUUCACACUAGAUCUGUCAAAUCUUCAGAAUCACCUCAUAGUGGCCGAUAACGUAACUCGAGCCUUACACAGGACCUUUUCAGAAUGCACUCCAGCGAUAACACUCGCACCCGUCAAAGACAAAGGAUUAGGUAUGGGACCCCUGUUAACAUUGUUAUUCACCAUACCUGGGCUUGCCUUGGUGGUCACAUUGUAUUUCAUUGCACAGAAGGUCUGGAGAGGAGGUGGAGUGCCAUGGAGAUGGGACCCUCGAGCUCAGAAGUCUAGUAAAUAUUUCCUCUACACCGGAGAAAUAGCCAAUCCAUCCUUGAGUCUCGAUCCCCUACCUGAAGACACCCCCGAAACGACGACUCCUGUUUAGCCGUGCAACUGGUUUACACAAAGUUGACAAUAAAGACACUUUGAGGUAGAAAAAAUGAAAUGCCCUGCUCUACACGAGAUUCAUAUCUAGUCCAAUUUUAGUCAAGUAUUGUUGUUUAGAGAUCCAGGUUACUCAAGUGACCGAGGUAUUUUUUAUCGUGUUGAGAAUCGGGGAACCUUCAAAGUGCCAGAGAAGUUGCUGUUAUAUCUAUGAGGAUAUUGAGUAGUUUUCUCUACUAUAAAAAGAAGUAAAGAGAGACUUUAUAGAAAGAAGUGUCAACUGAAAACCUUAUCUUCAGUGAUUCCUUUCAAAGAUUCUGCAUUAACAUAUGGACUGAAAAGAUCACAGCUGGUGUUCAGAAAGGUUUUUUUUUUUUUUUUCCAUGCAUGUAUGGAGAACUGUGAUUUGUUUUGUGCCAUAUACUAAUCUCAAAUAUUUCUAAUUACUUGUGAAUGAGAUGAAGGUUCUUGAGAGGACCUUGAAAAAGUUGUUGUGUGGCCUCACAGAAGCCACAUGGAGGACAUUUGUGAACAUGGAAAGGGUGCCAUUAGAAAUUACUGUACAUAUUCUCAGGCAUUCUGAAAACCAUGAUGUUCUUGUAGGCUUUAAUUUUGUGUUAGGUAAAUGUCUAAUGCUGUCAUUCAGUGAGCUUUCCUUAUGUGGUCUAGAGCUUUAAGAAAAUAUGUCCAUUAAUAAAUGAACCUCAGAUUAUAUAUUUCUUAAAUGUGUAUUGUACUAUUGGUGCAAGAUAUGUUAUUAGAGUGCCCAGAAUUUCAAAAACAUGUUACAGGAAUACAAUUUCAAUUGGAUGAGAAAAGAAUUUUGGAAGCAAGAAAGAGCCGUAAGGUAUUGGAAGUGGUAGUCAGUCAGCAAUUUUAGUUUCGAGAACUCUAAUACUAAUCAGUUAUUAAACUAUAUAUAUAAUUAACUGAUGUAUUCCAAAGGCCCUGAUUAAACAUUUUACUACACAAUCGUCCCAAAGUAUCCAUUAAAAAAUACGAAAGUGACUAACCAAUUCAGCCGAGCCAUUUUCAAAUUCUGUCGCCCGAGCUUCUUAGCAGAACAGAACUGUAAUCGUACCAACUUCCUGUAUGUAAAUAAGUAGCAAGCAGAACAAUAAUGCAGCCAAAUUUCUGUACAUAAGUAAAAGCUAUCAGUUUAAUGACACUGUGAUGCCUUUCAUCUACAGAGCUUAUUUGAUACAUAAAUGUAUUACUAUGUAUCUAUUGCCAUCCAAAGUAUAUGUAUUCUGUUAAAGAAAAGCACCAUAAAACAUCCACCACAAAUAUAUUUUCUGCUCCUUUACUACACAGAUUUCAUAUAGCAUGAAUGCAUUGCACUCCAGAAGGCUUUUGUGAGACCCUGUUACAUCAUUUUUAUGAUAUUUAUCAAUGAUGUCCGAAAUUGUAAAACUAAAAGUGUGGUAUCUAUUAUUUAUAUUUUACUCUAUUCAUCACAGGUAUGUAAAUAACCAAGGUUGUGCAGUUUGUUUUCACCCCAUUAAGCGAAAUAUUUCACAAUAACUUUUUAGUAAUAGAUAUCAGGUUUAUUUAAUUUGCUGCUAAAGUAAAAUUUAAAUGUUCAUGUUUAUCUUAUACAUAAGAAAAAUUAAUUUAAUUCAAAAAUGAAUGUGGACAAGCAAAAAACAAUUCAGGAUUCAAUGACUAAAGAGAAAACUUUAUGUUGGUGGAAAUAUCACUGCGUUCCCUAGGUAAUGAUCUCAUAACUACAGUCUACCUUAAUCCGCUGUCCACAGUCGUUCACUAUGGCAUUCAAUACCUCACUAAGCAGUCCACACUUCAGUCAUUUAGGUACGAUAGUGUAGAGUAUAGAGUAUCGUAGUCAACUCUACUCACUGCAAGAAAAUAUGACAUAUUCCACUUUAUAUAACUGCCCUGCUUCUCCUGUUUCUGUAAGUAAAGGAAUAUAUUUUAGCGUUUUUAUGGAUAGCAAAGCAUAUGCAAAUCAUAAUUAUCAGGCUCAUUCUUUUUUCACUCUUGCUACUCAUUCUGAUCCAUUGUAUUCAGUGUACAGCAACUUAUUUCGUAGAGUUACUAGUUAUCAUUUUCGGAAUCUGGAAAGUAGAUUUUGUAUAAAUGUAAGUAAGCAUUCAAAGUUUGGAAUAAUAAUACUCACAGAGAAACUGCGCAAACACCAAUGCAAUGCCGUCAUUUACAUGUUUGUACGUUAGCACAGUAGUAAUAUUUGUAUUUACAUACACUUUUGUAUUUUGAUGUAACUACGUGGUCAUGUAGCACUCAUCCUUACUUUAAGCAAAUGAAGCAUCUGCAAUACUGGUAUUUAUAUGUAUACCACUCACCACUGUAUACCACAUAGUCUUCAUUCAUAGUAUAAUAACUGACUGUAUGAUUUUGUUAACUGUCCUUCACAAAUGAUAAUAGCAUCUGUAGUUGAAACUUUUAAGUGUUACAGCACCAUUUUUUUUUUUUUCUUUUUACAAAAACUUUGUGUGUGUCAUGUUCGAUGUCCAGCAACCUGUCCAAGUCAGCUUUACAACAAGCAGAAACAUUUGAAGGUACACCAAAGUACAAAUUUAUUUCCGUGAAGUAAAGUGUUAAACUGUUUGGAAUGAGGUGUUCAUGAAUUUCAUCCAUAAAUGUCCUUGCCUUCACAUGAAGUAUAGUGGCUAGAGUUUUGAUCGUUACAUAUAUUGAACCAAACAAAAACUUCUUUCAGUUUUCUUCUGAAUAUUGAAAAAGAAACCCACAAAAUCACUGUGUAUAACGUGUUUACUUGUAAGUAUUUACAUUUUAUUUUGCUCAACACUCGAGUACUUUCAGGCCCUAACUGUGGCCCAUUUUCCAGAGAUGUGUAGGUUGACCCAGGCUGACAACCUACACAGCUCUUGAAAAUGGGCCACAGAUAGGGCCUGAAAGUACUCAAGUGUUGAGCAAAAUAAAAUGUAAAUACUUACAAGUAAACACGUUAUACACAGUGAUGUUGUGGGUUUCUUUUUCAAUUACAUAUAUUGUUGUACAGUGCUUAUAUAUACUCAAUAAAGUCCAAAAAUGUAUGGUACAGGUGAAGUGAGUCAGUACGGAAGUUUCUCGAGGAAGUUCAACUUAACAGUGACACAACAGUACAGUAAUAUUUCAUUAUAUUAAAAGUUCUAAAAAAAGCAAAACAAAAGUCAAUGUUUCAUUAUUGAUUCUGACAGUGAAUAAUCACUGUGGUCCUGAAGCCAGUACUGAAAAUAAAUAUUCUACAAAAUCAUUACUGAUUCAGUAAAGAGAUCGUUAGUAACUGAAUUCAAACUGUGUUUUUAUAAAUUGAGCUUCCUCACGUAACUUCAUGAUUAUCAUUACUAUUACAAGACUUCUGGUUCAUUUUUAGGAUAUAUGCUAGUCUCACAUUUAAACCAGAUGGGAAACCCCUUUGACCUUUACAUUCAGUUUUAGAUAUUAAAAAUGAUUUUAAAAAAAAGAAUAAAUAUAAAUUACAGUAUUUUGAAGUAAAAUCAAAUACCUGCUAGAAAGCUGAUGGUACUGAAUAUUUCUAGUACCAAGUACAGCAAGAACUACAUAGUACUCCCAUCUGCGUAAUAACAGAAACAAGCAAUGCCACAGAGAGAGAGAAGGGGAGAACUUGCAAAUGAUGCAAACCACGUAAUGAACUUUAACUGCAAAGCUUUAAAACAAGGUUUUUUAUUCUGUACUUAUGAAAUAGAGAAAUGUUCCCUAUAUAUUUGCAUUUUAAUGAUGUAUUCUUAAGAAUCUUAUUAGUUUUGAAGUAUAGCUUUAUUUUUAUGUUGUAAUAUGGAGUGUAAAUAAUUUAUUUGUGUAGGUAUUUAGAGCUAUUAUGUCUGUAAAGAACUUUUGUUUGUUGUGCUUUUAAAUUGGAUUUUUCAGAUGGAUAUUUGAGUUGGAAAAUUCAGAUACUACUGUGGAAUGUAAACCUUUAUUGUAUAAAUUCCCCAUGGAGCUGAUAGACAACUGACAGUGAACAAUUAACCAAUUUGCAAUUGUAUUAAAAAUAGUAAAAUCUAAUUUCAGAGAAAUAUGGUUUGCCAGAAUCUGGUCUAGCUUGUCUGUAAUUGGUUAUAUUUCUUCUAUUGUAUUGAGCAAUGUUAAUUAAUCUGUUGGACAAAAAAAAAAAAAAGGUGAAAGAAAAGUAUUAUCAGAUAUGCUCUGAAAUUACGUGGCAUUUCAAAAAUAUGAAAAGAAGUAAGUAUCUUCAUCAGUAACAAUAAAAUUUCUGGAUAUUCAGCAAAGCCGCUUGUACAUGUCAAUGUAAUGGAAAAGUUAAUAAAAUCAGUGGCUACUCUAUCAUCAAUUACUUUUUACUAAGGGGAAGAUUUAGUAGACAACUACAUUAUAUUAGAUUUCUCUGUCUAUACACUUUUGUUUUAGUCAGUGACAUGUGCCAUUUUAUGUAUUGUUGAGUGUAUAUAUACUAUAUGUAUAUGACUAUCUUUGUAAAUAGUGUGUACAGAUUUUUUAACAAAAAUAAAGGCUGUUAACAAA